GUCACUAAUAAAAUGGCUGCCUAAAUGACACACAGCGCUGUGCCCUGGAGACGUUCGAUAGAGUACUAAUGCGCGUUGGCAGGGCUUACUCUAGUGUUUGUCGCUCUGUGAGUCAGCCUGGAUUGUUAUUGUGUCGGUCAGUGGAUCGGGCCGCGGCAACAAAGACAGCAGGUGCGGCAGGAGCGAGCUCGGCACCCGGACAAAGAGAACCACGAGACUGGGAGCGCGAAUCAAUGGGGGCCUAACGGUAAGUACAUACCGACACCUUGUACUGUGCUCAAUGUAACCCUGUAUAACACACAGUACGGAGAGAACCACUCCCAGAGCACAACGUGCACAGCAGGGAGAAUGGCUGGGGGGGGACUGAGCAUCAAUGGCUGGGAGAAACUGAGCAGCAGGCUGGGGUGGAGAAACUGAGCAGCAUCAAUGGCUGGGGGAACUGAGCAUCAAACUGAGCAUCAAUGGCUGGGGGGGCUGAACAUCAAUGGCUGGGAGAAACUGAACAGCAUCAAUGGCUGAGGGGCAGCAUCAAUGCUGGGGGUGAGAACUGAGCAGCAUCAAUGGCUGGGGUGGGCAGCAUCAAUGCUGGGGUGAGAAACGAGCAGCAUCAAUGGCUGAGGGUGAACAGCAUCAGCAUCAAGGGCUGUGGCUUGGCUGAACUGAGCAUCAAUGGCUGGGGACUGAGCAUCAAUGGCUGGGGAGAAACUGAGCAGCAUCAAUGGCUGGGGAAGCCCAGCAGCAUCAAUGGCUGGGGAACUGAGCAUCAAUGGCUGGGAACUGAGCAUCAAUGGCUGGGAAACUGAGCAUCAAUGGCUGGGGAGAAACUGAACAGCAUCAAUGGCUGGGGAGGGUGAGAAACUCGAGCAGCAUCAAUGGCUGGGGGUGUGAAAACUGAGCAACCGAGCAAUGGCUGGGGGUCACAAUCGGCUGCACAGGGGGUGAGAAACUGAGCAGCAUCAAUGGCUGGGGGAGAACUGAGCAUCAACAAUGGCUGAGGGGAACUGAGCAUCAAUGGCUGGGGGCUGAGCAUCAAUGGCUGGGGAGGGGUGAGAAACUGAGCAGCGUCAAUGGCUGGGGGUGAGGAAACUGAGCAGCAUCAAUGGAUGGGGGUGAGAAACUGAGCAGCAUCAAUGGCUGGGGAACUGAGCAUCAAUGGCUGGGGGAACUGGCAAUGGCUGGGGAACUGAGCAUCAAUGGCUGGGGAGAAACUGAACAGCAUCAAUGGCUGGGGAGGGGUGAGAAACUGAGCAGCAUCAAUGGCUGGGGGUGGAGAAACUGAGCAGGCAUCAAGGAAACUGAGCAGCAUGGCAAUCAAUGGCUGGGGAACUGAGCAUCAAUGGCUGAGGAACUGAGCAUCAAUGGCUGGGGAGAAACUGAGGGGAGAAACUGAGCAGCAUCAAUGGCUGGGAGGGGUGAGAAACCGAGCAGCACUGCAGGGCUGGGUGAGAAACUGAGCAGCAUCAAUGGCUGAGAAAGCAUCACGGCGGUGAGAAACCGAGCAGCAUCAAUGGCUGGGGUGAGAAACUGAGCGGCAUCACGGCGGGGGUGAGAUCAGGCUCAGCACAUUGUAGAUCAGGCCUGGGAACUGUGCAGCAUCAAUGGCUGGGGGAGCUGAGAUCAUUGGCUGUAAUCAGCCUGGGGGAGCUGGCUGAUGGCUGGAACACACCACGAACUGGGCCUGUGCUGGCCCCCAUACACAGGGCAGAGUGGACACAGUCCAUCAUAUUGUAUAAUAUGGGCUACAUUGUGUAUGUCAAGCUAUAGGCUGCUGGAUAAGUGGUAAAAUAUCAUAGAAACAUUGCACAAUCCAAACAAUAUAAAUGCUGGUGUAUAUAACAGCAGAGUUGAUUGCAUGGUGUGUAUUAUUGUUGGAUGACUUGGAAGACUGUAUAGCGGUUUUUCUUUACACUGGAGACACUGUGGAAGAGGGAGGGUUACUCUAAGAGUUGUAGAACCUUAGGUUACAGGAAUAUGGGGAACAUGCUGGAAUAAUGAGUGAGUACAGUUGAGAAUUAGCGUAAGGCUUUGCAGAGUGCACCAGUAGAGGAAAAUGUAUUACUGCUGACAAAGCAGCAGGGUUUUGUGUAAUUAGAUGUAAAGUUUUGAUUGAUAGGAAACCAAUUACAAGUUUCAGGAUUUAAGGUGGGGUUGAUGUGGAUGAGCUUGUUUCUAAGGUAGCAAGGUCCUAGACCAGGGGUAGGCAACCUUUUAGCAGCACUGUUCCGAUGUAGGAUUGUGAUGUGCUGGUCCUAUUUUUUUUUUUAAAUUGAAGUGUGUUUGCCGUAUUCUGCUUGUUAUUUUUACUGUAAUUGCUUUGUAUCGUUGUAUUUGAGCUAUUAUAUUGUAUAUGUUCAUGAGUAGUUUAUGGUACUGUGUAUGAUACAUAUGAAUGUGGGCUGUGUAUGGGGGCUGCUUGUGGAAUUGUGUGUAUGGAUGGAUAUGUCACAUUGUGUGGGGGCUGGUUGGGGUAUUGCAUGUGGGGUUGUGUGCAUGUAUGUGGAUUGUUAGUGGUGUUGCGUUUAAGCAGAUUGUGUGUAUGUUUGUGUGUGGGCUGUCUGUAUUAUUUGUAUGAGGGGAGGGUUAUUCUGCAUUUCUGUGUAUAUCUAGCAGUGUGGGUGGCUUCCCUGGGUUCCAGUGGGGACCAGGCCGGCCAGAUACAGGUCAAGGACAGGAGCUGCAACUGCGAGCUGCUCUACUACUCUGUGGAUUCCCAUUCACAAGUGCUGGAAUGAAGUGCUCUGAGAUCACUUCCUCUACGUGCUGCAAUGCAGAAAAUAAAUUGAGGAUUGUCCUUCACCACCUCUUCGUAUUAGCAGAUAUCUGAAGUUUUACUGGGACUCCUGAUAGGCCAGAGCCUGUUUGGCUCUAGCAGCCUCGAGUGCCGUGCACGGCACUAGUGCCGUAGGUUGCCUACCCCUGUCCUAGAUCAUUUAUUGCAUUGGAUGUAAUUGUGGCUACUUUAAAUAGGUUACUAAAUCCCACUGAAGUGAGCCAGUGACAUUAGCAAAGCUAGGGUAUGAUCUGUUUUCUGCCUUAUCCUACACAUACUUGUGUUCCUUAUCUUCUGGAAAUAAGGACUAAUGGAAACCAGUGCACAAAGCAUUUGUAUACUGUAGUCUAAGUGGGUGGAGAUAAAUGUGUGGACUAGUAAAUUGAGCUCUGUUGUGGUUAGGAGUGAGCUUAGUCCUUUGAGGGUUGUUGGACAGUCAUGUCCAGCUGUGACUGCUACUGACAUUGGUUUGUGCAAGUUCAAGGUGAAAAUCUAGGAUUUGCACCAGUCAUCCUGGGGUAAAUUGGACUUUGUGUUUUGAUUUAUAUGCUGUGCUACCUUCAUGCAGCAAGGCGAGUGUCAUUAGUCUGCUGUUUGCACUCCAGUCCAUACCUGUGUAUAUUUUACAGAGAUGGUACUGAACCUGUUGGAAGACAUGAAGGGGAUUAGCCUUGACUUGUUACUCAUCACUUCCUGUUGGUUGGAGCGAUUUUAGGGAGCUUCCCUUGUAACCUUUUUGAGCAUAAGGUGAUAAGUGUUAUAGCCAAAUCUAUAAUGCAAAGGUUGAGGGCCAUGAUUUUUUUGAUGGAGACGUUCAAUAUAGCACAAAUGUGGUGGGAACUGGAGGAAUUCAUGAAAGAAUAAAAGGGGUACAAAAAUAGUAAAUAUGAAAUUGCAUCCUUGUGUGUUACUGGCUGAGGAUAUAGUAAUGUCAUGAAUAUUCUAUUAAAUCGCCACUGUCAUACCGUACCUACCUUUUCCCUAUUGCUUUCUUGUCCCUUCUUCUUCCCUACUUUAGCUUUCUUUGUUUCAUUUUUGAUCAAUUUCCAACUAAAUAUAUAAGACAAAGUAUGGACAUCCAACUGAUGUCUAUAUAUUUUUGCUACACCUGACUUUCGUGGACACUGGGCGGAGCUACAUUGUCAAUCCAGACAACCGUGACACGUGCAGGGAAUUGGCUCUGCCUAUGGAGGACCCCGCGGUUUUGCGGUAUCUUUGAUAGACCUCAAUGCUGUACUCUUGUACAGCAUUGAUGCUGAAAAGGACCUGCUAGAGGAUGAAGGCAGCUCUUGCGAGGGACAGGUUCAAGUAAGUAAACCUCUCCUUUAACUGCUCCCCAACAUUCUCUGGACCCCCCAGCAGUGAUGUCACUGUCGAAGAUCUUUGCAAAAUCCCCAGAUGGUGACAGUGCUGAUUCAACAUUGAAGAAACACUCCUCCACCCCCUCUCUCCCCAUUUUACAAACAGUGCAGAUGUCAAUCAAAAUUGGCACAUUUCUGAAUUAACUUUGCUUCACCACCCUUUCAGUGUAGCUAAACUCAAGUGGCAGCAAUUGCCCAGAGCAUCUGUCUUACAAAGACUUCUCAUUAAGCUGCAUUGGAAUGUCUGUCAUUGGACAGCCACAGAAAUUCAAGGUAUAGGUUUGCAAAGGCUGCAGGCAAGAGAUCUGCAUUAUUUUGCAAGCUGUUUUUAUAUAUACACUCCCAAUGAAAAUAUGCGUAAAUUUGCAUGCAUCUUUUCAUUAGGGGGUUUAUCUACUAAUCAGUGAUUUUUAUUUGUUUUUCUAUUUGGGCAGUAGAGUGGCUAUUUAGGAUGAUACAGAGAACUUUAAAGACGGUGAGUGGUUCACUUUUUAAGAGGUUACACUUCAGGCGGUGGAGGGAUCCAUGCUAACCCUUACCUGUAAAGCUCUAAACACCUCUAACCCCUGUUAUAUUUUUUUCACUGAUUCAUAGGUAUUCCACUUGCCUGUCUCUCCGCUCAGCCGGUGAAUUUCUCCUGUCUGCUCCUCGCACCCUCACUGCUUACUCACGCUUGCAGGACUUUUCACAGGUGGCUACUUUCCUUUGGACCAUCCUGCCUACACCCAUCAGACUCUCCCAUAGUCUUCAAUCUUCAAGAAGUCCCUCAAAACCUUUCAGUUUAGAAUUGCUUAUGGCCUCCCAGAGUAACUUCUAUGUCACAUAUGUCUCUUGCUCUCUCUUAAAGAGUCACACCCAACUCUCACUUUCAGUUCUGCUACUCUUCCACCUUAUUUGAUUGCGGUCCCUCUUGAUGCCCUUCCCCUCCUCUAGAAUGUAAGCUCUUUUGAGCAGGGUCCUCCUAUACCCAUUGUUCCUGUAUCAUUUUGGUAAUUGUCUCAUUUAUUGUUAAAUUUCCUCCUUUUCAUAAUAUUGUAAAGUGCUGCGGAAUAAGUUUGCGCAAUAUAAAUACCAAUAAUAAUAACUCUUUAUACUGGAACUAAAUGUGGCGGCCUUCCCAGUGACCUUCCUGUGUUCUCUUUCAUAAAUAUAUAUAUGAAACUAAAAUAUGGGCAUAUGGCUAAAACCUAAAGAAGAAGAAAAAAAGAUCAUCCUAGUGUGACAUAGAGCACCUGAUUUAGACUUCUCAUUGAGCUGUAUUUGGAAGCUUGUGAUUGGACAGCCCCAGAAAGUCUGGGAUGAGAUAGAAGGGGAGAACUUCUAAAGGCAGCAACCAAGAGAACUGCAGGUUUUGCAAGCUGGUUUUAGACAUAUCCCCAAUGAAAAAAUACAUAAUUAAAUGCAUGAAAGUUUUAAUUUGGGGUAUAUCCACUAAACGGUAAUUUUUAUUUGUUUUGUAUUUGGGCAGUGGAGUGUCCCUUUAAGUGUCAGGGGAAUUCCUAAUAAUAAAAGGGGGAGAGGGGUUGGGGGAGUUUUCCCUGCGCCUGUUCAAUCAUGUAUAUUCAAAUUGAAAGGGAAACGUUAGCAAUGUGUAUGGAUAAAUCCUAAAUAAUCCAUAAAAUCUAGUUGUGCAUCUCAUGCAUUAUUUUGAUACACUUGGUAAUCUUAUUACUGAAAUUUGGAGCCUUAGUGUUAUGGUUUCUAAAGUGAUUGUAUUUGCCCUUAAUAUUUUACUAUUUUAAUAGACUCUUACCUAGUUUUUGUAAAAUGAAAUCUCAACCCCUGAAUCUUGGUUGUUUUUUUUCCCCCUGUUAAUCUCACUAAUUCCAUAAAUAUUAAUAAACCUCUCUUCUAAAAAGCAAAUUAGAAUUUUUAAGGACAUGAUUUGUGUUUUAUCUUGAUUAUGUGGCUGCACAGUGAGGAGACCUUGCAGCCUUUGCCACUACAGCUUUAACCCCUUAAGGACCAAACUUCUGGAAUAAAAGGGAAUCAGGACAUGUCACACAUGUCAUGUGUCCUUAAGGGGUUAAAGGCACAUUUACCCUGGUUCCUGAAAAUAAAAUGCCUGCAUGUGUACCCUUAUGUUUCUCACAUAUUUUGUGGCUGGGUUAAUGUAUCAAGUGAUUAGGCACUUUCUCUGUCGUGCAUGCCUAUCUACAGGUACGAAUAUUGCAUUGUAUUUUUUUUUUGUUGCUUUGUUUUUUAAUUGACAUACAAUUGUUAAGUAAAAAAUGUUGAUGGCUUUAGAAUUCAAAUAGGUUGUAAAAGAGAAUCUGAAAUUAUUAUUGAUUGUUUCAAAAGGACACCGUAAAGAAAUACAAUAGAAUUUAGAAAAUUGCUUAAAAAUACUCCAGCUAUAAUUUGGGUUCACAAAAUUUCUUAUAUUCUGUGUACACAUCAUUUGUUUAAGUGAUGAAUAUAAAACUUUCUGCCCUCUGUAGGCCUUUGGAUUUUUCCUAAUGCGGGAAUCACUAAAGUAAAAAGGGUCCACCAUGGGGUAUGAACAUUUAUUCCCAAACCUCUAUGCACUUGGUUUAAUAUUUAGGACAUUCAUCAUUUAUUCUUUAUUUUUGUUCACAGUUGCAAUUUUUAUUUUCUUUCAUACACAAGAUCACUUGCUUUUGUGUGGUUUUUCAGUUUAAUAUUUGUUUGACAACCUUUGUGUUAUAACUGUUUGUUUGUGCAUUUGGUUGCUUUCCCUUACACUGCUUACUUGUUAUUGAUGAAUCGCCACUCCAAAUAUAAUUGCAGUUUUUUCUGAAUGCCCAUAAAAGUGAAAUUGAUUUAUUGUUUAUUUUUAUUUUUCUAGACUCCAAACUUGUUGGUGGAUGACAAACAUUGAGUAAGCCACCUCAAUGGAUGCAGAUAGUGAUGUGGCACUGGAUAUUUUAAUCACUAAUGUGGUAUGUGUAUUCCGGACAAGAUGCCACUUGAAUUUAAGGAAGAUUGCUUUGGAGGGAACAAACGUUAUUUACAAGCGUGAAGUUGGAGUAAGUAAAAUUUAAAAAAUAUAUAUAUUUUUUUUUUUUUUUAAACCCCUCUUUUGAUAUAAAAUUUUGUAAAUGUGAGUUCUUCCAUAAAUAUCUCUACAUUUAUUUAAAUAAGUCUGUUUGGGUGACUGGGUCCAUACAGUUCUUUAAAGGGUUACUGCAGCCAAAAAACUGUUUUCAUAAAACAUUGUUUUUGGUUGGAGUAACCUUUGCCGUUCUAGUCACCUCACUCCCAAAAAAUAAAAAUAAUUUAAAUAAAGCUAAAACUUAACUCCAGAUCCACGGCCAAGUUCUCCCUGAAGCCCGAGGGGACAAUAUGGGCAGAAUGUUGAGAGGUGUGCCUCCAUUGUACUCUUUUCACCAACAUGUUGUGCAUGCUGACGACAGACAUCCUGUAUGUACAAAAUACAUUUUGGCCAUCCGGAACUCUAGUUCUUGGCUGGCUAAUGACAUCCCAGUGAAGCUGCAAGUGGGGGAGUUACACCCCUAGGCUGCAGAGAUGUUACACUCUGUAGAGUUUAACACUGUAAGUACAGACGUCAUGCACUAUGACCACAUAGAAUCACUGAAGGGUUGAUGGUGUUUGGAGUCAUUUUUGAAUAUUCUGUCAUAUUGAUAACUGCUCAAAGAGAAAAGGUUUUAAUCAUAUUUAAAUUGUACCUGUUGUAUUAAAAAAAAAAAAUAUAUAUAUAUAUAUAUAUAUAUAUACACACACAAUUUAAAAUGGUGUGUAUAGUUGUGUGGCUGUGUGUCUCAGUGAGUGUGUGUGUGAGGGUUUCAAGUAACGGGAGAAUCCGCUUUUUUAAGGUGUGGAUGGGGCCAUUGGGGGUAUGCCAGAGGCCGGACUCCAGGCACUGCUUGUUGGCUGUUGGUAUGGGUUUUUUUUUGUUUUUUUUUUUUCUUUUAUAUUUAUUUAUUUUUGAAACAGGGGCAGGGGUUUAGUAGACGGGGGACUGGGAUAUAGUAGACGAGGAGGGUCAUGGGUUUAGUAGAGGGGGUGAAAAUGUACGUUAUUUUGUUUUUUUUUGCGGCCCACAUAAACUUAAACCUUGUUUAUUUGGCCCUGCUAGCCUUUGAGUUUGACAUGCUAUGAACACUAUAGCAUUAUAGUGUUCCUCCUCCUCUGUGUCGUAAGUAUAAGAGCCUUUUUACCUUUAGAUUUCUUUGCUGCCGGUCCUGCCUCCUUGGCUUAAUGAUCUAAGCCAAUCCAAUGCUUCCCAAUGGGAAUCACUAGGAGGCUAGAGCACAUGCCUGACAAAUCACCACAGUGCACCAAUGAAAUGCAGCUCUAGGAGCAGCAUUUGAUUGAGAACAGAGCAUCUACUAGUGGUCAGGAAGACAGCUGCAAGAGUUACGUUAAACACUGCAAUAAAAACAUUGCAGCUUCUGCAAAAGUACAAUGUUUUACAUUGCAGGAUUAAAACUGAAGGGGACAGUGCACUCAGACCAUUUAUUUGAGAUGAAGUGGUCUGGAACCCUUUAGUGGUUGUUUAAAGGUAAAAACUAUGGCUACCAAUAGUCAGCAUAAUUACUUCCAAAAGCGAUCAUUUUCAACUGUGUGCUUUUUGCAAUUAUUUUGUGAAGGAGGUCUAAAUGUAUCGAUUAAACAUAUUUCUACCAUUUUUAAGAUAUUUGAAGUAAACCAUGGCAAUUCAGUUUCUGUUUUGAAUGAGACGUGGGAAUGUGUCUAGCUUUUGUGCAGCCAGUAGCAGUAUCUGUAUUGAUGUACUGUAACAGGCAGCCUUCACGUUGGACACUUUGUUACUGUAAAGCUGUGUAAGGGCAGAUAAACAUCAUUGACUAAUAAUGUUCAACUCUGAGUUUAGAGUGUAACUGCCAUGGAAGGAAAUUAAACUGCUUCUUUAGCAACUUAAUAUUUUAUAUUGUACUUACUGUGGUUAAAAUAUAUAUAUAUAUUUUUAAAUGCUUGGGCACCCACACAGACAAUUUCCAAUUAACACAGUGACAACCCAUAAAUCCUUGCAAGCAAUCCUACUGCAUAGAUCAUUGUAAGCUAAAGUGGGUGUAUCACUACACACAGCUACUCAAAAAAAAAGCCACACAUGCCACUCACAGCUACUUGCACCCAUCCUCUCUGUACCCAUGCAGAGCAAUACACUUACAGCUAUCACACUUACAACAGCCUACACCUAAACACAAUGACCACACAUUCACACAGACAAUGUAGACCAUGUCAGCUCACUCACACCUCCACUACACUACAAUAUCUACAACAAGGCCACUCUACAUCUGAACUAUACGCACACUGUCACUCCACGCAUACAGCCACAAUGUGCACACAGGCAUCUAUUUGAAAAGCCACUCUACACCUAAACAAAACACGAAGUCUCUCCCUACAUACAGCGUGCAUAGUAUCCACUCAUACACAUGCAGCUUUUUAAAGGAAAACUCCAAGCACCCAAACCACUACUGCCUGCUGUAGUGGUUAUGGUGCCAGGAGUACCCUAGCGCCCUUCCAGAGUAAGGCGUUUAAGAACAGUUUGACAACUUAUGUAAAUUCUGGUAAACAUACUAAUUCUAACGCUCCAAUAUGCAAACUACAACCACUAAACAUACACACAUUACAGUCCAUGCAUAGUACACCACAAACAGACCUGUUUACACACAUUCUACACCAUAAACAGUCUUCUCCAUACACAAUCCCACAGGCAGCCCCCUUACACAUACACAACACUUUUUACAAGACCACCCCCAUGGUGGUGUUUUGUUGUGUCUAUGCAUUAGCCUCCCAGUGCUUUCCUUUGUUGAAGCAUUGCAUUGGCUGUGCUUAUCCUCCUUAGACUUUGGGGAAGCCUGACACCUAAACAACUAACAGGGCACUUUAGCAUUAGUAACACACAUUUAUAUUCACAACGAUUUACUGUUUCUUUAAUGCUGUGAUAGUUUAAAACCUAAUCUAAAAUGUGCUAUAAAACAGAAGAAGAAAGAAAACGAAGAAAUGAACAAUCUGCCUGUGAUUAACCCCUAUGAUUAAAUAGGAAAAAGAGAAGAAGUGAAGGCUGCAGUACCUGAUAAUACAAGGAAUGGAAAAAGAAAAUUAAAUAAAUCUAAAACAUAACUUUUAAUAAAGGUCCAUAAGUAAAAGUCUCCAAAGGGACAAGACCAACAACAAAAUAAAAUAGUACUAUACACACAACAUAUAUAAAUUAAAAUAGCAAGGAAGCAGGUCCACACAAUGGGCUUAAUACUCCUGAGAAGUAUAGAAGGACUACCAGCCGUGUGUCCGUCGGUGAGUGUGGUGAAAAAUAGACAAAGUAUUUUUUGUUAAAUACACGCUGGGUGGUCAUUUUGACUAUUGCUGCCUGUAUAUUGCAUCUAUGUAACUGAAAAUCGUCAGUAUAGUGAUCAAGGAAAAAUGUAUACGAAAAGUAACUGUUGGUAGGUAUUGGCAAAGAAAUACUUGUGUUAAAUGAGGUCUAAUAACUCCUAUAUGGAGGCAAAACUAUACCAGAAAAGGGGGGAUACGGAAUGGAGGGAGAGUAUCUCUAUCCCUACUGUGCCUUCGCUUACCCCAAAACUCACCCUAAGUCUGUAUAUAGAUAAAACACCACCCACUUGUCCAAGAGUCACAACGAAAUCCUUGUAAAAAUAAAUUGUUAAAUUUAAAUAAAGUCGGAUAUGCAAAAAAAGGAAUCUAUUGGGUAAGUGUUCCAGUAUGUCGGCAGAUACUGCAGGUAGAGAGUGUGGAGCCAGCAGUGCCCCAAAGCCCCUGGCAUAGGUUUCGCUGGGUCAACUUCAACUAACAGCCUGCUUCACUGGAAGAGCCACCAUCCUCAUAACCUUAAAGCAGGUAUCCCAUACGGCCAAUACCUCUGCGCAAGAAGGAAUUGUUCCAGUCAGGAAACAUUUUUAAGGGAAGCACAAGAACUUAAACGUUUUAAAUCUUUGGGUUAUCCCAACAAAAUCCUUAAGAAAGCUUUUCAACGUGCCAGUUCAACUGAGAGAUCAAUUAGCCUAAGAAGUAUUAGACCAAAACAAGAAAAAUCAUUGAUACGCUGCAUAGGCACUUUUGACCGUUUAUGGGAUCCGGUGAGACAAAUUUACUCGGAUCAUUGGCCUAUGCUGACCUAUGAUGAGGAUUUGUCUAACCAUGUAUCCAACUUCCCCAGCAUUACAGUUCGUCACCCCAGAAACCUACGUGACAUGUUAGUACACAGUCACUUAGAACCUGAUCCCAUUCAACAGACCUUGCUCACUGAAAUAAAAGGUGUCUUUAAGUGUGGUCACUGUAAAGCUUGUGAUUUUAUUAAACCAUCUAAAGUGAUUGAGUGCACACAGACAAAAGCAAGAUUUCCUGUCCAACAGUUUAUUAACUGCACCUCUACCAAAAUUGUGUAUGUGAUCACGUGUAGCUGCGGAUUACAAUACGUGGGGAAAACUUACCAACAAUUUAGGCGAAGAGUUCAACAUGUUAAUACAGUCAAUAAUGUCAACAUCUCAACUCCUGUCGCUAAUCACAUCAGAAAGUUUCACAAUAGUGACGCUUCUAAUUUAAAAUUCCAAGCACUGGAAAUAAUUACAAUAAACUCUAGGAAAGGGAAUUUCAACUUGAAACUUCUAAAAAAAAGAAUCCAAAUGGAUACACAUCUUUCAAACUUUGGCCCCCAGAGGUCUUAAUGAAGAAUUUAAUUUCACCCCCUUUAUUCACGGAUAAUUAUCGUCCACUAGGGGAGUAUGAUACAUAUCUACUCAUUAAUAACUCUGUUACACAACUGUUUUUUCUGUGAUUUUGAUUUAUUAAUUUAAUUCUGUUAAACUUUUUUAAAACAAGUAAUAUUCACUGGACAACCUUGUAUCCUACUUUGUUUCAAUUGGAUCAGGAUUGAACAUUCCUUGUAUCAAUAUGAUUCUUUGUAACAAACGCUUAGGCAUUUAUGAAGAAAAGAAGGAACCUAUAGCAGUAGUAUUAACCUCUACUCAACUACAGGGUUUAAUCUCGUCACUAAGUUCACAAUCCUACAUCCUAUAACAGAAAUUAUGGCAUUUGCAAAUCCUCUAGAUACGAUGUAUUUUACAAUUAAUAUCUAGUAAAUACGUAUGGUAACAUACAUCACCUUAAUAACCACGAAUCACACACUGAAGGCACAAUACUAUCCUUCUUUUUAUUUGGUUAUUAUUAUUUCUUUUUCUUUUCAAUUUCUAAACACCUUAUUAAGCCAUUGUAUCUUGGGACUGGAUUUUUCUGGUAAUAAUAGUGGGCACAUUCUGUAAUAUAGGCUUGGGCAUCUCAGAAUGGAAUAGGACAUUCCCAUAUAAGAAGUACCAACUUCGGAUUUAUUACAAGGUCUGAAAUCGCUGUUUAGUUCACAAACCCUCCGUCUUUUUAAUAGGCACGUUUACAUCCGCUAAUGCCUCAAGUCCUUCUCCACUCUCUGUCAUUUGUUCUUAAACAUAAAAUAUACAGAGCAGUAUAUAUCUCAAUCUUUCUAAGCAAGUGGAAAUUAUUUUAAACACCUGAUACUUUUUUAUUUAUUAUAUUCUUGUGAUAGUCUAAAGCCUUAAGUGGCUUUUCCUAAUUCAUCUUAGUAAUUAUUAAGAGGUAUGUCUGAACAACUUAAUUAUAAAGUUCCGAUUCUAAAAUUUCUACUGUUAAUACAGCAUCUAUCAACUCAUUUUUAACGUAAUAAUUUUUUCAAUGGUCUCCUCCUCCCCAACUGAGACACCUUACUAAUCACACGGUCAAGUGAUUGGAGCAUUUAAAUUUGAACGCUCCAAUUAGACCGUAGCACGCACACACACACACACACACACCCACCACCCCCCACACACUCACCCAUCAAUUUUGAAAACCGGCAAAACUUACUAUACGGUUCCCCUCUUAUGAGCUGACCCAACGAAAUGUACGUCAGGGGCUUUGGGGCACUGCUGGCUCCAGACUCUCUACAUGCAGUAUCUGCCGACAUACUGGAACACUUACCCAUUAGAUUCAGUUGUUUUUUUUGCAUAUCCGACUUUAUUUAAUUUAACAAUUUAUUUUUACAAGGAUUUCGUUGUGACUCUUGGAGAAGUGGGUGGUGUUUUAUCUAUAUACAGAUUUAGGGUGCGUUUUGGGGUAAGGGGUGCCCUCGAAGGCACAGUAGGGAUAGAAAUACUCUCCCCCCUCCGUAUCCCCCCUUUUCUGGUAUAGUUUUGCCUCCAUAUAGGAGUUAUUAGACCUCAUUUAACACAAGUAUUUCUUUGCCAAUACCCACCAACAGUUACUUUUCGUGUACAUUUUUCCUUGAUCACUAUACUGACGAUUUUCAGUUACAUAGAUGCAAUAUACAGGCAGCAAUAGUCAAAAUGACCACCCAGCAUGUAUUUAACAAAAAAUACUUUGUCUAUUUUUCACCACACUCACCGACGGACACAAGGCUGGUAGUCCUUCUAUACUUCUCAGGAGUAUUAAGCCCAUUGUGUGGACCUGCUUCCUUGCUAUUUUAAUUUAUAUAUGUUGUGUGUAUAGUACUAUUUUAUUUUGUUGUUGGUCUUGUCCCUUUGGAGACUUUUACUUAUGGACCUUUAUUAAAAGUUAUGUUUCAGAUUUAGAUAUAGAUUUAUUUAAUUUUCUUUUUACAUUUCUUGUAUUAUCGGGUACUGCAACCUUCGCCUCUUCUCUUUUCUUUUUCCAAUCUAAUCUAAAAUGUCACAUAAAAUACAAGAUAAUUAAGUUAUUUUAUUGCUAUUUUCAUUCAUUCUUUUUUUUUUAAUUUUUUUUUUAUAUAUAGAAGGUGCUGAUGAAACUUAGAAAGCCCAGAAUUACUGCAACAAUUUGGUCUUCAGGAAAAAUAAUUUGCACAGGAGCUACCAGGUAAGUUUGCUAUCUGUGUUAAAGGGACAGUACAAGUACCAAACUAGCUUAAUGGGGUGUUUUUGGAGUAUAGAAAAUGCACCUGUAGUUUCACUGUUAACUUCUAUGUCAUGUAGGAGUUAAAUUGAUUUGUGUGCUGGGUGUGGCAGCCCUAGCCACACCUCCUCUGCACGGGACCUAUAUUCUCCCUAUACUUUCCUGUAAAGAGGGAUCUAAUGUUUAAACCUCCUUUAUUGCACAGUUGGUUUCAUGUAGAAAUUCUUCUCUUGCCCUGCUCUCUUAAUAGCCUGCAGUGUGAGCCACAGGCAGGGGACAUGUCGCUAGGACUGUAUAGACAGAAACAAGAGUGACUUAACUCCUAAAUGGUAGUGAAUUGAGACAGCAGGGACAUGAUCUAUACCAAAACUAUUUCAUAAAGCUAAAGUUGUAUUGGUGUUUAGUGUCUCUUUAAUGUUCAGUAAAGAGGAAGCACGUCUCCCAUAUCCUUUUAUUACAUUUUGCAUGUUUUAUUUAACCUUGCAUGCUUUAAGUGUUGGUUUGUUAAUUCCACUCGGUUAAUGUACGCUACAAUGUUGAUUCUCAACAUAUGGUCCGAUAGUGGUUCCAUGAAGCUUUGGUACAAAGGAUAUGACUGAGAGUAUCUCCUUCUUGAAUAAAAUAUGAACAAUGUGAAAUUUUUAAAUCCUGUAUUGGAUGCCUGCACUCUUAAAAGCUUGCAGCUAAAAGCAACACUACUCCCAUAGUAGUUUUUGUUUUUUAGUUCUGUGUUAAACCAUCAUCAAAUAAUUUGGAAAAAAAUGUGAGUCCCCCACGGCAUCCAGAGACUACUUGCUUACUUACUGUAUUGUUAAUGCAUCAUUUACAAUUCCUCAUUAGUAGUGUCUGUUUCCACUUUAGAUUGCAGUGAAUACCUGAGAAUUUCUGCUGGUGCUUUCAGCCUAUCACUGUCAUCCGUAUAUGAGAUAGAAGAAAGGUCCAGGCACUCCAAGGUACAAAAAGGCAAAUUUAUUGAACCCACUCCAUCACAAUGUUUCAAGCAUGACAAAGACCGUAUAGGUCGUAACGUUGAGAUGGAGUGGGUUCAAUAAAUUUGCCUUUUUGUACCUUGGAGUGCCUGGACCUUUCUUCUAUCUGCAUCGAGUACUUGGUCCCUGGUACUGGGACUGGCCAGGUUGCACCGAGCUACAUAAUAUUUGGGACAGAGUGCAGUUCCACGUUUUCACUACAACUGUCAUCCAUAUAUGGACACAAUUGACAGUGCUAUUGAGUAAAGUGUAAAUUCUGCAUCAGCUUUGCAGCAAGCGAGGGGCCAUAGAUGCUUGGUGGAUCCUCUAGUUUUUGUCAAGCCAUUAGAAAACCCUUUCACACGUAACAAGUGAACAACUGCCUUAACCUUACUAGUUCCGUAAAAACGAAAACAGACCAUAGUAGUUAUGAAGCUAAACUCCACACUUACUAUAAAACUUCAGUUUUUCUUACAACCUUAAAGAGACACUAUACGCAUUAAAGCAAAGUUAGCUUACCGAGGCAGUUUUAGUGUAUAGAUCAUGCCCCUGCAGUCUCACUGCUUAAUUCUCUGCCGUUUAGGACUUGAAUCACCUUUUUUUUUUUCUGCUUAUGCAGCCCUAGCCAAACCAAAUCAGAUGUUAAAUUACUUUAGAAUUUUUUUAUCUCCUGCUCUGUAAACUGAACUUUAAUCACAUACAAGUCUUGCAGGGCCUCGAAAACGAAGAAUUUCUUAUCUCUUGCUCUGUUAAACUGAAUUUGCAAUAAAGGAAGUUUAAAGAGUAGGUCUCUCCUUACAGGAAGUGUUUUAGGAAGGCUGUGCAAGUCACAUGCAGGAAGAUGUGUCUAGGAUGCAUAAACAAAUGAAUUUAAAGCAGAGAAUUGAGCAGUGAGACUGCAUAAUCUAUACAACAAAACUGCUUCAUUAAGCUAAAGUUCGUUUGGUGCCUAUAGUGUCCCUACAGAGCAUGAGAUAAAUACUUCUAAAGCAUAUUAACAUCUGACUGAAAAUGUAAUUUUCUUUAAUACAGACUGUGUGAGGCACAGCCAGGAAAGGUGUGGCUAGGGCUACGUAAUCCGAAACGAAAGUGACAUUCAUAAAAUUCUGCCAUUUUAAAUUUCUAAAUGGCAGAGAAUUGUGCAGUGAGACUGCAGGGACAUGAUAUAUACACCAAAACUGCUUCAUCAAGCUAAAGUUGUUUUGAUGCCUAUAAGUAUGUCUGUCUCUCUCACCGAAUUUACACUCACAAUAAUAACUAAUCAGCCACCCUCAUAUGCAUAUCAAAUUAAUUGCACACUCCCACACCUACACAUAGAGAUACAUGCACAAUUAUUCAGUCACCUCACCUCUGUAUACAUGUACUCUUGCAUGCAGACAAAAGUACAAACAUACUUUCAUAGAGUCCUUAAUUCACACACUUGCUUAUGUUCAUACAUUCACACAGAUAUACACAGACAUGUCUGUUUACAUUUAAAAUGAAAAGUAAACUGUCAGCAGAGAUUUCUCUGGCCACCAGGUACCAUGAGUAUGUUGACAUUAGUCCAGAAUUCAUAAGGGUAAUUGUUUUUGUUUUUCUUCCUUUCUUUACAGUGAAGAAGAGGCGAAGUUUGGUGCUAGACGUUUGGCACGUUGUCUACAAAAGCUUGGUUUCCAUGUAAAUGUUUUGGUUUUGUCAUGUUGAAUGAAAAUGUUAUAAUUAUUUUUAACACCAGCAGCUAUCAUGCUAGGAAAACAAACUUGUUUCCUAGCACUAUAGCUUCCUCUUGCAUCAAGGCUGAAGCUAAUGGUUUAUGUUUUGUUUUUUCUCCCCCAGGUAAAAUUCACAGAGUAUAAAGUUGUAAAUGUCCUUGCAGUCUGUACCAUGCCAUUUGAAAUAAGACUUCCAGAAUUUACAAAGAAGAAUCGCCCUCAUGCUAGGUAAGUGUUAAUUCAGUGAUGGGAGGAAAACCCAAAUUAAUGUUGUAAAUAUGUGGUUGCCUGUAGUAUAACCUAUGCAGUGCUGGAUCGUCCUCUCAUUAAAUAUUUAAUUGAUAUGAACAGUUAUCUAGGUUGAAACGUGAGUUAAUGCUCUAUGUUUUUGACUUACAGUUAUGAGCCUGAACUUCACCCUGCAGUUUGCUAUAGAAUAAAGACUCUGAGAUCAACUUUACAGAUCUUCUCGACCGGAAGUAUUACAGUAACAGGUAAUUAUUAGAAUGGACUCUGAGUAAGCACAAUACGACCAAGGGGUUCCUUUAAUGUCUUGAUGAUGGAUGUGCAUAUUUCAAAUAUUGUAGAUGUAUAAUAUACUACAGUGCAAAGGUAAUCAAAUAGCAGACCUCAAGAUGUAAGUAGACUUCACAUCCAUUAAACAUUUGUCAGCCAAAACCAUUUCAUGUGGGUUGUAAUCCUGUUAUAAUUGGCAGUCCAGUAUUUUCAUUCCGUAUACUGCUUCUGUAUAUUAUUUAAUGUGAUUAUAAAUAGCAUGUUCCAUUUAUUCAGCUAUUUGAUGCAGCUGCAGAACACAUUGGGACAAAAUACCCAGGUUCUGCAAAACAAUAGGGGAGAUUUAGCAGAUUGGUUUGAAAAGUGACUUUUAUUUUUUUGGUCUUUAAUAUGGCCUUAUUUAUUAAAUUAUUCUAAAAUUUGUGUUUAAAAAAAAAAAAAAAGAGAGAGAGAGAGAAAUACAGCCUGUUCUUCCCCUACCUAAAUAACACCCUUUUUUUUUUUAAACACAAAAAUAUCAGUUUUAGAUAAUACUGCUAAACUUAGAGUGGGAGGAAUAAAAGGGAAGUAAAACGGAAUGGUCUUCAGGCAGUGAUUAACAAAUGUUGCAUCACCAAAAAAAUGAUGGUUAGGGUGCAAAACAUGCAAGCAUUUCUUAUUGUAUUGUACUCCAAUCAAAAACUUAUGUCUGUAUUUAAACCAAAAAAAAAACACCCGCAUGUUCUCCCUGCAGUCCCUGUCCCUGGUAUAAUCAGCCUUUUCAGUUAUACAGUGUCAGCAUUCUACACUGUUCUACAGUAAUUGAAUCUGAUGGUUUUUAGAAUCCAGUAUGCUUUUCCUGACUUUAUACUAAUCUAUAUUUAUUUAUUUAUUUUUCUUUCCUGCAGGCCCUGAUGUGAAAUCUGUUGCCACUGCCGUGGAGCAAAUUUAUCCUUUUGUGUUUGAAAGCAGGAAAGAGCAUUGUAAAUAACCACUUAAGCAUUUGGUUUUUAAGGCCGGGACCUUUUUAGAAGAAAACAAAAAAAAGCGGAAGAAUGAAACAGUGAUGCAACUUGAACAAACAUGAGUAGGACCAAUCAAUGGACAGCACUUUUUACCCGUCGUGUGUUCGUCUUCAGAAAUUCUGGAUUUCAUUUGAAACAUUCGUGUUAUCAAGAAAGGACGGUUUACAAGACUUGGACCUGCUGCUUUUUAACAGACGUGCUAUUUAUUUGUGAAGUAAUUCUUAUGUACUCAUACGGAGAGCUGUAAUAAUGUGCACUAAUGCAAAUCCUCUGUUUGAGCUUGUGGUUUAUUUAUGAAUCAUCUUAACUUUUUUCUUUUUUUUUUUAUAAAUACGGGCACCAAAGAAGCUGUACAAGUUUUCAUUCACUCAUUGAAUGUGUUUUUAUAAGUAUUUUUGUUGUCCUAGCACACAUUUUGUUUUCUUUUUUUGGUCAUGUAAAUAUUUUUUAAUAAAAC